CCCCCAGGCAUAGCCAUGUCCUGCUGGGCCUCAGAACCUGAUUAUGCCCUGGGCUCCCACCUUGUGAGGACCCUGAAGGCCACGCUGGCUGCCGGGGACGGGGGUGCCCUGAGAGAACUGAUUCUCACCGUGGAGCCUGUGGACGCUGUGCUGGAGCUGGACAAUGACGACUGGAUGAAGGAGCCUGCGACCCAGCUGCCACCUGGCGUGCUGCUAGGAGACCUGGACCACCUUCAGCCCCUCAUGGACCAGUUCUUCCAGGAUGCCAACAUGGUGUUGGAGAUCAGUAAGGAUGAGAUGGAAUGGCAGGUGAAAUCCCCAGCCACGUUUGGGCUCUCAGGCCUCUGGACCCUGGAGUACAAGCGCGAGCUCACCACGCCCCUGCGCAUCUCGGCGGCCCAUGGCCACACGGCCUGCGUGCGACACCUGCUCCGCCGCGGCGCGGACCCCGACGCCAGCCCGGGGGGUCGCGGUGCCCUGCACGAGGCCUGCCUCGGGGAACACACGGCCUGCGCGCGGCUGCUACUGCAGCACGGCGCCGACCCGGACCUGCUCAGCACCGAGGGCCUGGCGCCCCUGCACCUGUGCCGCACGGCCGCCUCGCUCGGGUGCGCGCAGGCGCUGCUGGAGCACGGGGCCUCAGUGCAGCGCGCGGGCGGCGCGGGCCGGGACACGCCGCUGCACGUGGCGGCGCAGCGCGGCCUGGACGAGCACGCGCGCCUCUACCUGGGCCGCGGGGCGCGCGUGGACGCGAGGAACGGCCGCGGCGAGACGGCCCUGAGCGCGGCGUGCGGCGCGCCUCGGAGGCCCGACGAGCACGCGCGCUGCCUGCGCCUGUGCGCGCUGCUGCUGCGGCACGGCGCGACGGUGGACGCGCGCGACGAGGACGAGCGCAGCCCGCUGCACAAGGCCUGCGGCCACGCGCGCCACGGCCUGGCGCAGCUCCUGCUGCGGCACGGCGCCGACGCGGGCGCGCUCGACUACGGCGGGGCCUCGCCGCUGGCCCGCGUGCUGCAGACGGCCGCCUGCGUGCCCGAGGCCGCGCCGCAGCGCACCGUGCAGGCGCUGCUCAACCACGGCUCCCCCACCGUGUGGCCCGACGCCUUCCCCAAGGUAAGGCGGGUGGGCUGGCAUGUGCCACAGGGAACCCAGGAGCGUCCCCCUGGGAGCCGCCCCGCAUGCAGCCUCGCAAACUACAAUGAGCCCAGACACCCCUGGGCAGAUUCGGGGGUGGAAGGUUCUGCAUUUCUAACAAGCUCCCAGAGGAGGCCACACUUUGAGGACCAAGGGCCUAGACGCCUCCUAGUAGCUACAGUCACAAGAAAUUUCAGAGGAGGUUGCCAUGUCAGUAGGCACACCAGAACGGAUCCCUGGGGAUGCCAAGCACUGAUUUCCACGGUGCCGUCAUGGCUCACAUCGUAUUUUGGCAGCCCAUCUUUUGGUGUAAUUGUCAGAACGGUGAAAACAAGCCUCUUGUGGUGUCUGGCAUUUGAUCUGAAACAAAAUUACCCGACCUGGGUAAUUUCAUCCACCUUAUCAAUGAUAACACGUCAGGCCUUUGCACAUUCCUCUCACUCUCUCCUCGCCGCUGCAUGACAGGUGUCACGUUUGCGUUUCAACCAGGUGGUAUGCCCUGCUCUGGCUCACAGCCCUGUCGCGAUGUGACCCCCGCCUCCCUGGAUCCUGCCUUUGCAAACCUGGCUCUGAGCAUCUUGUCACUUUUCUACCUGUCAGAGCUACCUGAAAGAGGAAUGCUGAGAAAAUACUCAAAGUGCUUCCCAAAAAAGGUUCUCAAAAUACUGGUUGUUCUCCCCAAAGACUUUGGUGCAGGAAAUCAUAGCCUUAGAUGUAAAAUUUUGGUGUGUUUAAUUUAAAAAUUGCCCCUGGUGCAUAAUACACACCAAUCAUAUGAAAAAAAAGGGGGGGGGGGCUUGGUAAAUUUUGAACAAAUACCUGAAAAGCUGUUAUCCAAGAGAACAUUUUAGAUGCUUGAAAGGGUGAGGUUCACACAUUUCUCUCAGAUGUGCUUAGAGUGUGUCUGU